GCUGCCGCUAUUCAAGUUUCUCCUCAGACGAGGCAACCUGAAAUCUUUCUGCCGGAUCCACUCUGCUGACAUUGUCAGCAACCUUUCCAGCUGAAAACUGCUUUAUUCGGACUUCCUUCCCACGUCCCCCUUGGUUCCAUCUCUAGUCGGCCGAGUUCCAAAAGAAUUCGGCCAGAAUUCUCUGGUAAUGCGCGCUGAUUUCUCCAGGAGUUCUCUCUCCGAUUCCGUAACACUUCCACCGUCAACGGCGGCAAUCUGCAUUGCGAUAAAUCCAGUUUUAUUUUUCGUGUAGGUAGGAAGUUCCGCCGCUGCUAAAAACUCACGAGGCUCGGCGCAAUGUCAGCGAGUGUGAAACUCGCUUCUUCCUUCGUUUCAGGGGCGAUCGUGAAUUAUACUCGUCCUCAAUCUCCUCCCGAUUCCUACUGCCCGGCAUUGCUUCCUUCCCGCUCAACUCACCACUCUUCCAUCCGACAGCAUCAUGUGACAUUUCAGCCGUGCCGCGUCACCCGCUCCCGUAGAUGCAUCCAUGACAACUCUGCUUCCCGUCGCUCUCCGUCGCUCCUUCGAGCUGUCGCCCAAGGUUCAGAUGGCGCCGGCGACGUCGCACAGGCUCCUAGCGACGUCGCAGAGGUGCUGGGCGGCAUGACUGGCGACGAGACGCAGUUCUCCGCGGAUACGGGCGCGCGGGUGGUGGCGGUGGUGGGUGCUGACGUGGUGAGCCCGUAUGGCGGUGCCAUGUGGGAAGACGUGAUUCGUCAGAUGGCGCGCCGAGUCAACUGGGUGGAACCUUCCGUGCAGCUUCUCGUCUUCCCCUCGUCCGCCCUCUCCCCGUCCUCCUCCGCUCACUCCCUCUUCGUCUCUGCCGCCCAGCAAGCCGAUCUCCUAUUGGCUGUCGCCGUGAACAGUACCGAGUCCGCCGCCCAGCUCGUCCCUUCCUUUUCAGCCGCACCUGCCCGGAUGGCCUUUGACAGCCACGUGUCGCUCUCUGAACUCACCUCGCUCGGCGGGCUGAACCCGGAAAACUUAAACCUGCCCCAAAAGCUCGCCGCCAAGUGGGGAUGGUGGAAGGAGGGGGGAAAGGCUUUGCAGACUUAUAACCUAGUGGAGUCCUGCUGGGAGAGGCGAAGUGCUGACGACAUCUGGUUCCUCAUCCUCGCCUUGGUCAACGCCUACAUUGCUGACGUGCCGGCACUGCGCAACCUGCGGGCGGCAGACUCGUCCUCGCUGCAGUGCAUGGCGACGAAUUGUGGGCCCAUAAUCCUCGACUGUCUGCUGGACGAGCAGUGCCGGACGGCUAUCAACUGCCUCAACGAGUGUGGGCCCACUGACCAGGUGUGCAGCUACCGCUGCAUCGUAUCGUAUGAGACCCCCAAGUUCGAGGCUUUCUCCCUCUGCGUGCUCCAGAAGCACAACUGCCUCGGCAUGACGGCCGAAAUCCGCCACCGCCCCACCGUGCUCCCCCUCACACACCUUCGCGGGCAGCCCGUCACGCACGAACGGGCAGAAAAUAUUUUCGUCGGGUGGCUUGGGCAGCUGCCCUGGAGCUGGCGGGUGGUGGCCGGGCAGAAUGCCGCGUAUGACCAGUUCCCAUGCCAGUUCCAGAUAUUUUACCGCGGCAAGGCACGAGGCUCGGUGUGGUACGACCCUGUUUUCACGAUCCGCACCCUCGACGGGCGGUCGCUGUGGCGCCGACGUCACUACCGCGUGCGGCGAGGGGAGGUUCCCGGAACCUUCACGUUCACAGUGCUUGACAACGGGGUGAUUUCAGAGGAGUUUUGGCGCAUAGUGGACGUAACCGACGACUUUGAAUGGGCGUUAUUUUACUACAGUGGUGCCGCCCGGGCAGCAGGGCAGUCCUACACCGGAGCUGUGCUUGUGUCCAAGACUGGGGAGUGGCCCGGACCUGAGCAUGCGGUUCGGCUGAAGGCCGCUUUGGAUCGGUGCGGGAUCAAGGAGUGGGAACUUUAUCGGGUUGAUAACUCGUGCUGUGAGAAUGCGCCCUUAGGAUUGCCGGAAGAUGCUCCAGCUCCUGUUUCAAUAGCCUGAAACAGUCCAGGAUGCAGGGAGUGAGGGCAGGUGCAAUGUUAUCAAACCUGUUACUGUAAGAAACGGUGCACAUGUGUGUGCUGUUAGUUACUUCUCAAGCAGGAUUUGCGUUGAUUCUGCAGCUCCUCCUGUGAAUCACACCCUUGUCCACGCUACAUGCACACAC